AAUUUUCCAUCAGAUUCUCUUCACUUUCUCUUACUUUCCCAGUAAAUCUAUGUUCUUUGGAACACUUAAAUCCUCUUGUCUUUGCUUCAAGGCCUUCCAAAUUCUAUCCCCUUGAGAAAUAUUUUCCUAAGAAAAAUAUGGUCCCUCUGUUGGUUUUGACACUAGUCUCAAUUCUAAUGACACCUUCUUCCUCUACUUCUCUUGUUUCUGAUUUUCAUGCUUUGGUUAGCCUCAGAAAUGGAUUUCAGUUCCCGAAACCAAUGUUGAGCACAUGGAAUGUUUCGAAUCCGAGCUCGGUUUGUUCUUGGAUCGGAGUUCAGUGUUUCCGGAGAAGGGUUGUUUCUUUAGACUUGACAGACAUGGAUCUGGAUGGAUCUGUUUCGCCAGAAAUUUCAAAACUUGACAGGCUCACCUACCUCUCUCUGGCUGGAAACAACUUCACUGGUGGCAUUGAGAUAGUGAACCUGAGCGAGCUCCGAUUUCUCAACAUUUCAAACAAUGGCUUCGGCGGUAACGUGGAAUGGAACUACUCGUGUAUGGGGAAUCUGGAAGUGUUGGAUGUUUAUUACAACAACUUCUCUGGGUUCUUACCGGCAGGGGUUGUGGAAUUGAAGAAACUCCGGUAUUUGGCUCUUGGCGGGAAUUAUUUUGUCGGUGAAAUCCCACCGAGCUACGGUCGGAUACUGGGGUUGGAGUAUCUUCAGCUGGGGGGAAAUAAUCUUGAAGGGAAAAUCCCAGGUGAGCUGGGGAAUCUUACUAAUCUCAGAGAGCUUUACCUUGGGUACUACAAUGCUUUCGAAGGGGGGAUUCCGCCGGAGUUUGGUAAUCUGGUGAACUUAGUCAUCCUGAAUCUUGCCAGCUGUGAAUUGGACGGUCAAAUUCCACCAGAGCUUGGAAAUUUGAUGUCCCUGGACACUCUGUACCUGUUUAUCAAUCUGCUCUCCGGUCCUAUUCCGAAGCAGUUAGGCAACUUGACGAGUUUGGUGAACCUUGACUUGUCGGAGAAUGCACUUACUGGGGAAAUCCCGCCGGAGUUCGUGAACCUGAAGAAGCUUGGGCUUCUCCAUCUCUUCACCAACAAGCUACACGGGUCCAUUCCGAACAAUGUUUCAGAGUUCCCUGAUUUGGAAGAACUAGCCCUGGGGGACAACAACUUCACCGGCGUCAUACCGGAGAAUCUUGGCCAGAAUGGGAAGCUUCAUGUGCUUGAUUUGUCUUCCAACAAGCUCACCGGAACAAUCCCUCGAAACUUGUGUUCUUCCAAUCAGUUAAAAAAUCUGGACCUGACGGAGAAUUUCCUGUUCGGCUCUAUUCCAGAGGACUUGGGGAGAUGUUAUAGUCUCGUCAAGGUGUGGCUGAGGGAUAAUUACUUGAACUGAAGCAUUCCGGAGGGGUUCAUUUACUGGCCAAAGCUGGGUGUAGUAGAAUUGCAGAACAAUUACCUGACCGGAGCAUUGCCAGAAAACGGUAAUAGUUCAUCAAAACUUGUUAAUUUAGGCCGGUUGAAUCUUAAAAACAAUCUUCUUUCCGGUCCGUUGACCGUUUCAAUUUCAAAUGUGUCUUCCAUUGAAUAUCUUCUACUUAGUGGAAAUCAAUUUUCGGAUAACUCCGGCAAGUAGUCAGGCUUGAUCUCAGCGGAAAUUCACUUUCGGGGUUAUUCCACCGGAAAUUGGAAACGGUGUCCACCUUACCUCUGUCGACUUGAGUCAGAACAAUCUCUUCGGUUCAAUCCCACCUUAAUGGGAAACUCAACUCCACCAUUUCUUGUAGAAGGGGUGACAUCAACACGCCAUCAAACAACAAGGGCAUUUUAAA